AGACCGCUAUCUACACCUCUACACUCGAGGAGAUUCACGCACCAUCAACACAUUAUCAUGCCGAGGGAACGCAGACUUCGUGGGAUCAAUUCAAGCGCAGUUCGCCAUCGCAUCAGUUUUGAGGACGAGGAUAUUGACAUUGAGAGUGUGCUUGAGAGGACGAAAACUCGAGUGUUCGAGAUAAUUAGGGAGCAUGCGGCACGGUAUGAUGCAAAUGUUAAGUGGUACAUAGUGCUUAACGUUUUAUUGUAUAAAUUAGUGGUGCUGGAUGACAAGGUUGAUGAGUCUGUUUCAUCUCUAAUAAAUCUACAUAGUUACUCCAACAUAGCGCUGAACGUGCUUGAGAACUAUGAAGAUUUUAAUGACAAUUCAGGAACUGGUUACAUAAUUGAAUGCGAUCUCGAGUACCCGAAAGAUUUACACGAUAAACAUGCCAGCUUCCCUCUCGCGCCGCUACACUUAACUCCCCCGCGGGAAUUGCUGUCCGAGUAUCAGACAAAUGAGAACGGUCAGGGAGCAAAGGUGGGAAUAGAACUGCAGACGCAUAUACCAAAAUCCACCAUGACAGACGAAUAUGCUGCCAACUACAGUUUUAGAUUUAAAACUCCUUUCUACAUCUGA